AUGGACUCGGACGCCAGCCUGGUGUCCAGUCGCCCGUCGUCCCCGGAACCCGAUGACCUGUUCCUGCCCGCCCGGAGCAAAGGCGGCGGCGGCUUCACGGGGGGCACGGUGUCGUCGUCCACGCCGAGCGACGGCCCGCCGGAGCUGAGCGCCGCGGAGCUGCGCGGGGCCGGGGGCGCGGCGGGCGCGCACGGGGGCGACAAGCUGGGCGGCGGCGGCGGCGGCGGGUUCAAGUCCUCGUCGUCGAGCAGCAGCAGCAGCAGCAGCAGCAGCACGUCGUCGUCGUCCACGUCGGCGGCGGCCGCUUCGUCCACCAAGAAAGACAAGAAGCAGAUGACGGAGCCCGAGCUGCAGCAGCUGCGGCUGAAGAUCAACAGCCGCGAGCGCAAGCGCAUGCACGACCUCAACAUCGCCAUGGACGGGCUGCGCGAGGUCAUGCCGUACGCGCACGGCCCGUCGGUGCGCAAGCUCUCCAAGAUCGCCACGCUGCUGCUGGCGCGCAACUACAUCCUCAUGCUCACCAACUCGCUGGAGGAGAUGAAGCGGCUGGUGAGCGAGAUCUACGGCGGCCACCACGCCGGCUUCCACCCCUCGGCCUGCGGCGGCCUGGCCCACUCGGCGCCGCUGCCCGCCGCCACGGCGCACCCCGCCGCCGCCGCCGCCGCCGCGCACCACCCGGCCGUGCACCACCCCAUCCUCCCGCCCGCCGCCGCCGCGGCCGCCGCCGCCGCCGCCGCCGCCGUCUCCAGCGCCUCGCUGCCCGGCUCCGGCCUGUCGGCCGUCGGCUCCAUCCGGCCCCCGCACGGCCUGCUCAAGUCCCCCGCCGCCGCCGCCGCCGCCGCCGCCUCCGUGGCCGCCGCGCCUCUGGGCGCCGGGGGCGGGGGCGGGGGCGGGGGGGGCGGCGGCGGGGGCGGCGGCGGCUUCCAGCACUGGGGCGGCAUGCCGUGCCCGUGCAGCAUGUGCCAGGUGCCGCCGCCGCACCACCACGUGGCGGCCAUGGGCGCCGGCGGCCUGCCGCGCCUCACCUCCGACGCCAAGUGA